AUGCGGGAUAUGUUGCCGUCGUUGCCCUCGAUGUCACCACCUUCUCUAGACAAGCCAUCCGAUGCUACAGACACACAACCCACUGAGGCAGAGUCCAAACCUCAUGCUCGACUUGACAGUGACGAACUCAUCAAUUCGUUGGAUCCACGACCAAUUGACGAGUCAAACCCCAAAUCGAAUAUCGACCUUGUCAACGAGUGCGACAGCUUCCCCUACUUCCAAUCCACACCUCAGCUUUACCUGAAUCACAUCUCAACAUACUACCAUCUUCGUGUCGCUGCACAUCCUGACACCACUCUUGGCUAUAUCCUACCCUCUGUCGCUGAAGUAUUGCGUGGCCUUGAGGAAUGGGAAUUGGACGAUGAUGAGCGAACUCUCACUCUAAAGGCUGGUGAAGACGAGCCUGCCCGCAGCGCUAUUCUCGCAAGAACCACAGCAGCUAUGCGCGAGAUCGGCCACUUCUCUAUCCUGAAAGGCUGGAGAAACGAACUCUAUCCAGUUUACGGACCUGCACCAGCCAGAGAACUGCUGUUCAGCAUCGAACGUGCAGCCAGUGCUCUGUUUGGCAUAGUCACCUACGGUAUUCACAUGACUGCUUACACAAAGUCCGAGUCCGGCGAACUCAAGAUCUGGACACCACGUCGCUCAAAGACCAAGUCUACAUAUCCCGGUAUGCUUGACAAUACCGUCGCAGGUGGUAUGGCCACUGGUGAAACUCCUCAGCUCUGCUGUGUGCGUGAGGCUAGCGAGGAGGCCUCGCUCCCGGAAAAUCUAGUCCGCGAAAAGGCACAUUCAGCUGGCGCUGUCACGUAUUUUCACAUCAGAGACUCACGCGCUGGAGGCGAGACACGACUACUGCAACCCGAGUGUCAAUACAUCUUCGACCUUGAGCUGCCUCAAGAUGUUGAGCCUAGGCCAUCAGAUGACGAGGUGGAGCAAUUCUACUUGAUGGGUGUUGAUGAGUUGAAGGAGAAACUCAAGGCUGGCGAGUUUAAGCCGAACUGUGCCGUUGUUUUGCUCGACUUCUUCAUUCGUCACGGUGUAUUGAACGCCCAGAACGAGCCAGACUUUAUCGAGAUUGUGAGCAGGCUGCAUCGCAAGUUAGAUUUCCCUACAGCUUGAACCUGUAGUUGCGUAGGAUAGUUGCAUAAUUGCAUGACGAUAUGGCUGGUCCAAGUUGUUGCUUCGUGUUUUAUUCACAUCGUUCGGUCUCGACUUGAGUGGGCUCAUCACGCCGCUCUCAGAGUGAUCAGGGACUCUACACAACUGCUUUGUUGUGUCUCGACCACCAACAUCAUGAUCGGACUGGAUCUUCCCCGAAUGAAUCUGACAUUUUCUAGCGAGUACGUAGCCGACGUAUCUGAUCGGACACAGUAGCAUAUAUACAUGCAAGAGAGACUUGUAUUUACAGACAGGGUCAUCCUGAUGGCAACCAGAAAUUGCGUCACACUGUCGGAGACUGUCUCUCUCGACGAGUUGAGCAUCACGAUGCUGUGCAAAUACUCCCCUGAUAUGAGAAUAGUGUUGGAUGAAAGAUAUCACGAUCCAGCAAGCCAUAGCCGUGUUCACCCACC